AUGCAACUUUAUCACUACUUUAUUUAUCUGCUGCCCUCAGUCCUCGUUGUCUCGGGCUCAGUUAUCACUCGCGACACGUUUGACCCGGAAGACCCUUCGGCAUCCGACCCAAAAACACCACCGAAGACCCUCAGAAAACCGUCUUACGAAUCUAACCCGUUCAAAGACGGAUUCGAUACCGCUCCCUCUUCUUGCACUGACUUCUUGAAGCCCUCUGACCAAUGUCUUAAAGAUCUACAGAGCCAGCCUGCAAAGAACAUCGGCGCCUUCUCAGGCGGCGAAUUCAAAUGGGAUAGUAAUAAUAAAUGCAAUCCUGAGCAAAAGGGAAGAAUUGAAGUGGCCGCAAAUGAUGCUAUUACGUUAUCCUUAUUUGCAGACAAGGAGCCGGAUCAACACGAUGCCAAAGCAAUUGCUCUUUGGAAAACCUGGAUCGGGCCUGACUACUCCACUUAUCAAAAGCGAAUUGCCGGUACGUUGAUUUCUUGCUUGAUUGACUUUACCACAGCAUUCUCAUGCAAUGUAGAAAAUAUAGGUCGAGCGAGCAGAUUUACUAAAGACCGAAAAUUCGACAUUAUACUCACUUGCAGCGACCCUCACAACAAAUGCUCCAAGAAGGCAGAACAAGGAAGCGUUGGUGGCUAUGCGUGGACCUAUAGCGGAUGGUUUGGAUAUUACUACUAUAUCAAUAUGUGUCAGCCCUUCUUCGACAUCCCCAGCUUCCUUCAUCAAAUUGAGGAGACCGAAAGGAGGCUAGCGGAUGGCGAUAAAGAAUGGGCCGUGGUUGCUUCACAACAAUUGAACCAGGGACAAAUCUUUUUGCAUGAGAUGAUGCAUCUUGACUCUAUCGGUCAGCCUCAUAUUAAUGACGAACUAGUGAGCUUGGACGCUACUCCCGACGGAAAAAAAAUUUGGGCAUACGGAGCCAAAAAUGUACACAAACUUGCGCGAUUCUCUCGGAGUCAAGGGGGAGGUGCCGAACGAGCCAGCACCAAUGCGGACAGCUAUGCUUGGCUCGUCAACAGCAAAUACUGGUGGGAGCUCACGGGCUAUUUUCCGAUCCCGCCAGGCUAUCGAUCGCCCGACACCAAAGUCGAUGCUGAAGGAAUGGACAGCUUUUUUGUUCAUCUCGGCAAUGUUACCGGCAUUCAACGAACAGAUACCGAAUCUCGCUUUGAAACGGCUUUGUCUGGCUAUACGAGUGGACCGCCUGGUAAACUGGCCUUAUCCAUUGCCAUGGUCUCCAAUGUCGCAUCCCAAGGCCAAAGCGCAGAGAUUACGGGAGCCUGGAACUUCUAUACCACCAACAAGGGUGGCAUACCCGUAGGAAGCUGUGGAGAGACUGAAGGCGAAAAGCUUACCCCGAAGCCCGGUUCGUCUGAUACGAAACUGUCCCGCAAUGUGGCCGAAAAUUUCGAGAAUCCGCCAUGGCCCGGGGGCGAGUUUAAGUUUGAUAUUAACGGAGAAGAGUGCGUUUACAAAAACAGUGGCGAUAGUCCUGGUCGCCUCUAUUGCCCUCGCAAACAGUAUUCCUGCCAGGAGGACAGCGCGAAGAGCAACAACAAGGGGUAUAAGAAGUGCGGCACGAGUCAGUACUUCCACGCUGUAGUUUUCUGUGACUUCUAG